UGACCCUUCUCGCAAAAGGAGAAGAAAGACGACAACAUUUGGUUAUCGUGACCCGACCGCAAGAGGAGAGGCAAGACGAGAACAUCCAACGGGUUCAAAGAGACUUCGGGGGCAGAUUUUGGAUUUUGAACAUCUGUAAGAAGAGUCCAUCUUGGCACCCUGAUUGACGUGACUGAAUCCCAGCUGGAAGCCUGCCAAGAGGGGAAACACUGCUGCACUGCGCACCCUGCAUGCAGUGAAGACAUUCUGACCAGAUAAUAAAACAGAGAUUCCUCAUCAAGUGCACCAGCCUCUGGGGUCCUGUCCAUGUGAUCUCACAGCAGAUAUUUGUGAUCUGCGUUGCUGCUGUGAUAUGGAUUGUUCCUUUACUGUCAGCCAGUUGUUUGAGUCCUAUUGUCUGCCUGGACCAUUGGGUGGUAAUGCCAGUCAUAUCCCGGACUACCAGUGCUCUAAUCAAACCUCUGAAAAUACACCAGACUGGUUUCUUUUUCUGUGUGUCACAUCACCAGCAGAAAACAAUCCACUGCUGGGACUCCAUUAUAAUGGAAAGACCGUGGCUCCCAAGGGUACUCCAUCAUUUAAAAAUCCAAAGCUGACCCUUCCACAUUCUGCGACCAGUUAUAGGCAAGGAAGGCCAAUCAUUACUGCCACAGAUGAAUAUUUCACCAUUCCACAGAGGUCAUUGCUUGGCCAAUGUAUGGAAAACACACCUGUAGGUUUCCUGGAAAAUGUUCAGACUGAAUGCAUCAGAUUCCCCCUCUUCUGCCCACCCUUGCCAACUAAUCUGGCAGAGGAUAUAAGAGAUGGCCAUGGAGGGUUAGUGACUAUCGAUGUAACUCACAAGUUAGGAACUGACCAAACACCCUCUGUGUCGUGGGCCCCAAAUUCCCAAAAUGCCAAUAAUUUAUCAGCAGAAUCUCAUAUGGUUUUGUGUGAGAAUGUGACCUUGGCCUGGAAUUACACUUUUUAUUGGAGAAGAGAAGGCCUUUCUGGUAUCACUCUUGUGCGCACCUUUGGAAAUGUCUUUUUGGACCACCACUUGCCAUUGAUCACCAAAAUCUCUGUAACAUUUGUGAAUGGAGAUAUUGCAGCUUCAAGUCACUCGGGGGUGUCAGGUUACCUAGUUGGAAAGCAUGUCGUUGGUGGUGUGAUGUCACCAAGCAUGGUCAUACACAGAGCUGCCUUGAAUUUAUGGCAUUCAGGUGAACAUGGGCUCUGUGAGUCUGCUAGCAUGAGACCUGUGCUUUUUGGAGUCAACUCCACCUCAGGCUGCAUGUUUCCUGUUAGCCUGGAUAACUUCACUGAAUGUAGCAGGCUCAGAGAUGCUGUCCAAACCAUGUUAACAUCGUUAGUGACCUCUACACUCAUUGCUAGGAAUGGAAAUCCUAACUUCUACAGCCUGGCUGACUGGGUGAAUGUUACCAGUGUUGUACAUAACUCCAGAACAAUUAUAAGUCCUGCCUUCCCUGGUCUGUGUGAGGGUGUCCCUUCUCAACUCCAUGUUGUUAUCUACUGCAGUGGUGGACUACAGACUGAGAUAACAGCUGUAAAAAUUCAUCUCAAACCAACAACAUGGAGGUUACAGUGUGAAACUGGAACUUACUGUCAGGAUCUCAAUACAACUCAGUAUUUUCCUCUCACCUCCACCAUCACCUUCAGUGAAGAAUUGUCGCUCAGUACUCCUCCCAAAACAAGAUUCCAGAUUACCUUUACAGAAUUUGACUGUGCUAGGAAUGAUGUCUGCUGGCCAGAGCUGACAUUUCCUCUCACUAGAUAUUAUACAGGUGAGCCUUCCUCACAGGCCUUGGUUAAGGCCAUCUAUUUAAUAUUCCUCUUCAUUAUCGCUUCUCUGCUGGGAUCUCCAUGGACACAGAUCAGGCAGGCAUUGAGCAAUACUGAACUUUAAACUAUCGGUAGCAGAUAUGUACACAAUAGAAAAUCUAAUAGAGGACCCCAUUAAUACUUCUGCUAUGUUUUGAACCAUGUUAUCAAUGAACUGAACUGACUUUUCCCGUUUGAUUUUGGAAAAUACUAUGUUUUUUUCUCUGUUUAUGUAAAUAAAUGUAGAUAUUAUUAUGUAUGUAAGUGCCAAUAAUGUAAGAGGAUGAAUUUUGUGUGUGUGUCUGUGUGUGUGUGUCUUUCAUAUUUUUGGGUAGAACUGAACAAGGGGUUUCUGUGCAGAAACUGAGAUAUGAUUUCAGGAAUAGAAGCAGUAGGAUGUCCAGAAUUGUUUUCCCAUUCAUUUUAGAGAGAAUACAGAAACUUGUACAAUAAAGUUCUUUGCAGCACAGAGACGUGCAGUAAAUUCCCCUCAGAUGGUGAUAUUUUAACAGAUAGUGGAAUGCAAUUGCAUAAAGGUGUCAAUAAAUACCAAUCUUUUAUAAAACCUAAAAUCUGAAAAUUGUUCUCAACCUCAAAAAUAAACUCCCCUUCUUUAUUCAGACCAAAGAAAA